AAUUGUUAAAUUAACUGUGGACAAGAAAUUUCAUCCUUUGACAUGUGUUUAUAUGUUUGUGUACAUGUGUGGUUUAUACACGACGGAACGUUUAUAAUGAGAUCGGACAAGUCAACGGAGUUAAGCAUCGCUAAUUAUCUUAGAGCCGUCGUAUAAUUGCCACUAAUUAAUCAACGCGACUCUUGACGCUCCUUGUCUCUGUCGCAUUCGAGCUCUGAAUUUCACACUUCCGUCGCCAGCUCAUAUAUGCAGACAAUGAAGUGGCUUUGGAUAAUUGUCUUGGUGGCUUUGGCGCUGCCAGCUGCUGUACCACGAAAAAUCCACAGAAGCAAGCCCACACCACGAUUGUACGGUGACAGAGUCCCCAUCAAUUUAAUAAGGACCACUAGCAGCAAGAUACGGCAAAAGAUCGUGGACACCCACAAUUACUUUCGCACACAGGUCAAGCCAUCUGGUGCUAACAUACUCGUCAUGAAAUGGCAUUCGGGCUUAGCAAAGGCAGCACAGAGGUGGGCCGAUCGUUGUCUCGGUUUGGUGCAUGACAAUGCGACCGGUCUGUACCUGGAUGGCUUUGGACAGAGUGGACAAAACAUAUUCAUCAGCACGGGUCGUACGCUCUGGAACUUCCCCAUCAGAAUGUGGUACAUGGAGUACAAGGACUUCAAGUACGGACCCAAUACGACGAAUGAGAUCCUCGAGAUCGGCCAUUACACGCAGGUGGUGUGGGCGACGACACAUCUAGUCGGAUGCGGAGUGAGCCAUUGCACUGGCGGCAAAGGUCCGCUCGGCAAGGAUUUCUAUAUGUAUGUUUGCAACUAUGCUCCGAGCGGGAACUACAAGGGCCGUCUGGGCUUGCCGUACGUGGCCGGAAAGCCAUGCAGCAUGUGCAAGGAUCACUGCACGCAGGACACGCUUUGCACGAACGCCUGCUAUCACACCGAUCUGUGGUCCAACUGCGCCGAACUGCUUAGGACGUUUGGUUCAUGGGUCUGCGAGACGGACACCAAGGAGGGUCGUGAACGCCGAAAGUUCUGUGGCGCCACAUGCAAUUGCAAGGACAAGAUCUACUACCAUCAUGAAGGGUAGGAGGGCUUGACUUUGGGUCCACCGUGUUGCAUGAAUAAUUUAAUCGCUCUGCAAAACUAAACUCAGACCUAGUGGGUGUUACGACGGCUAAGCGGCAGCAGAUCGUUUAAUGGAGGGUCGUGUUGUUUUAUUGAUGAGCUCGUUUGUUUAAUAAUGAGGGGACGCUGAAGGAACGCUCGCGAUGUUAUGAGCUAAGGCAUCGAGAAAGGGAGAGGGUGGGAAAAGAGAAAGAGAGGACACACAUAGAAAACGGAUAGCGAGUAAACGGGAUAAUAUGCUAGAUGAAGUGAUUGUGGGAUUUGUGUGCUAUCUGAAUCUCU